ACUUAUUUGCUAAUAAACUAAUCAAUUUUAAAUAAACACAUGUGAAUUCAAAGAGUGAAAGGCCGCGGGGCUUGGUAAAAGUGUGCGACAAGACUAUCGAACUUUGAUCAAGCCCAGUUUGGUUUGGCUCGAUUUUUGGCGUUUUUUAGUGCUUUUCUUGUGCGGUGAAUAAUGAUUAAAAAAAAACAUAUGUUAAUUCAUCAACAAAUUCGUCGGAACAAGUUGUCUGCGGGCGGACGUGCGGAUUUUGUUUUGUUUUUUGAUUUGACGCCAAUCUAGCCGCAGGAAGUAAGCUUGAAAGGAUUAAGGACAAGUAAAGGCAAACGACUGACACGAAAGGCUCUCUCUCUGCUUUAAUCGUGACGAACACAGCUGCACACCCAUACACAUGUGCGAUUGGAUAACACACCAUUAACAGCAGCAGCAGCAGCAGCAGCAGCUGAUCCUCUGAAACGUCUCUAGCUAGCAACAAAAGUCAUGGACCACGCCCACCACAGUGCAGGAGUUGAUCAUUCCAUGAUGCAUCACGAUCAUGCGGGCAUGCAUCACGAUCCCAGUGGAGCAGCCUUGGCAGCCACGGCCGCACCCUCGGAUCCUGGUUCUCUGUUCGAUCUGAUACCGGACACAGACGUCCAUGCUGGCCAUGUCCAUCACAAUCAUGGAGGUGGCGGCUCGGGAACCGGAAUGGAGCACAUGAUGCCCAUGGCGUUCCACUUUGGCUACAACGAGACCAUCCUGUUCUCCUGGUGGCACAUUGAAACGGUGGCCGGACUGGUGGGCUCCAUGAUAGCCAUCUUCCUGCUGGCCCUGAUGUACGAGGGCCUGAAGUACUACCGGGAGUAUUUGUUUUGGAAGACAUACAACCUGAUGGAGUAUCGUCCGGUGACGGGGCCACAACGAAAUCCAGAAGCGCCGCGUCUGCCCUCGCCGGCGGCGGCGGCUCCCUCGCCCGUGCAAUACGUGGGCGAAGUUGUGCACAAGCAACCACCCUCAAUGCUGUCGGUAAACCACCUGCUGCAGACAUUGCUGCACGUCCUCCAGGUCACGCUCUCCUUCCUGCUCAUGCUGAUCUUCAUGACCUACAAUGUCUGGCUCUGCCUGAUGGUGGUUCUGGGAGCCGCCGUUGGCUACUUCCUUUUCUGCUGGAAGAAAUCGGUCAUUGUGGAUGUUACGGAGCAUUGUCACUAGCAGAGGAGCACAGACGGCAGCCUCAGUCGCAGAUGUCUCACGAUGGCUGAUGAUGAUGAGGAGGAGGAAGAGCAGCAGCAGCGGCAGCCUGGAUUCUGAGACGGAGGCCUAGACCGUUGGUGCUUUCCGGAAGCUCUCCACCACACACACACAAACACACCCUGCUACUUGCUACUCUCUAGGUAUUUAGCCUGUAACUUACCCCCCCCCCCAAGGAGGACUUGUCCUCAAGUCGGAUGCAGUGUACAGUGUGCCUAAAAAGCUAAACAGACACUUACAUAUUAGCUUACUGUUAAGAAUCGGAAAUCAAAAAAGCAAUCUUUAUUUUUUUUUGUACUCAAUUUUCUUUCCGAAAAGCAAAUAUAUCUAUAUUUUUAUCACUAUUAUUAUACCAUUAUGUAUCCCCCUUAUAUUAUACAACUACGUUUAUUAUUAUUAUUUGGUAAUAAAAAACCCAUUUUUAUA